AUCGAUCCGUCAGCAACAAGCAAUAGGAAUAUCAGCACCUACAACAUUUUCUACAUCGAUGAGCCUCGCUUAUCAAUUUGGAAUACUAUAGACACUUGUAAGCAAAAGCAGCAAACUCAGCAGCUGGCAGACUGCGAAUCUACACGAGCCGCUUCCAUUUAUUCAGUACAUUUGUACAGUCCCAAGAGUUUGGAACGUCCACAGCGCAGCUACAGGAAAAGCAUCCUUUAUAAAAAUAGAAAACCAAAAAAAUCCUAGAAGGAAGAACAUAGACACAACAACCAAUUCAACAUGGCAGCAAAAAGAAUGGACUUAAAUAAACGUACGUUUUGUGUCCUGAGCGGCGCCACCAAUGCUUUGGGGCAGUCGCUCGCUCUGGAGCUGUGCCGUCGCUUCGCCCAGGGUUCCUUGGUGUUGUUGCUCGACGAGAAUAAGCAGCAGUUGCAGAGCCUGCAGAAGAAACUGGAAUCGGAGCUGGCCGACUCUGACAUCGAGUCCUCUUUAACAUCGUCUCCUGUGCGGUUUGUCACCGGCGUGCUGGUCAAGGAAAAUGCGGCCCAGUUGCUGGAAGAAGCGUUGAAACAGGAUGAAGCCAAUGCCAAUAGCUUCGAUUGCGCCAUCAUUGUGCAUAAUGAGGAUGAUGUGGCCACGCAAACGCUCCUCGAGCCGCAAUCCCCAUUGGAAUGGACCGCCUAUGUGCAUCGCCAACUCUACGCUCCGGUGGCGCUCAAUCAACGCUUUCUGCAGUGCCCAGCACUGGCUGGCAUCGAGAAGCUGGCCGUGAAUGUAACAUCAUCGCUUCAACUACGUCCACUGAUCCACAAUUCGUUGUUGUGCUCGUGCAAGAAGGCGCGCGACAUGUACUUCCGUGCCAUGGCCUCCGAGGAGCAGCGUGCUGGCGUAAAUGUCCUCAAUUAUGCGCCCGGACUCUUUGCCACCCACGUCGAACAAUACGACCUCAACGGAAAUUUGGUAACACUGGCCGGUUUGAAUGUGAAUGCGAAAUUGUUGGCGUUGCCACGCGUUCAGCCCCAGCAGGCGGCACUCAAGCUGAUUAACAUACUCGAGGAAAUAUCCUUCGUUUCCGGACACGAUGUCGACUACUACGACACCUUUGUUUUAUGAGUAGCAAUGAUCCAGUGCCCAAUUUCAUGGUCAUGCUGCAAGUUGACGUUGGCGCACUCAAGCUCUAGAAUUGUAAAUGUGGUUGUGGAUCUGGCUGCGAAAAUGGUUUAUGUCUUGGCUAAAAUAAUGUGGUUCUUGUAUGGGGACAGUAUCGAUAUUAUGGAGGAUUUGAAUAAAAUUUUGUUGCUAACACUGGCGCUCCUUCUGGGCAAUGCGGAAACGGAAACCGAAAAAAAAACAA